CGUUCAAUCGCCAUCAAAACAUUCCCUGCAGCAAGAAAAAAACCCACACACACAUGGGCCCGGACCAGCUGAUUUUGACAGCUGCUGUCAUGUGCGUAAACAUUAUGUAAACAACAGGUCCGUGCCGGUCGUGCAAGUGUUACUCCUUUACAGUGGAGUGAUUUCGAGAGCGAAAAAUGGUUUCAUUACGAAUGAGAUCCUGCAUACGACCGCUUUCUACCGGCGUUCGGCUGGACAAAUCAUUUGCCAAGUGGUAUCAAAGUUUGUGGCAGCCGAAGAGCAACGAACCACCGUACGACCACAUCGUGCAGCUCGGUGAUCCCGUUCUGCGCGUUCCAGCGAAUCCGAUCCCGGAAAAGGAGCUUCAAUCACCGGAAGUACAGUAUCUAGUCAACCAUCUGGUGAAGGUGAUGCGUGCCUACAAGUGUGUGGGGCUGGCCGCACCACAGCUCGGACUCUCGCUGCGUGCGUUCGUGAUGGAGUUUAAGGACGGUCUGCGGGACCAGUACACCAAGGCGGAUUACAAGCUGCGCGAAAUGGAACCACUACCAUUGACGGUUUGCUUAAAUCCGGAACUGAAAGUGCUCAACUACGAAAAGGUGACCCACACGGAAGCGUGCGAAAGUGUGCGCGGCUAUCGGGCGGAUGUGGCCCGCUACCGUGAGGUGUUGCUAACGGGCUUCGAUGCUUCCGGCCGGCACCAGGAGCUGCGCUUGAAAGGCUGGAAUGCACGCAUUGCCCAGCACGAGAUGGACCACCUGAACGGGGUCGUUUACACCGAUCUUAUGAAUAGGAAAAGUUUCACCUGCACCUGCUGGCAGGCGGUGAACGCGAACAGUGGACGCAUUAAGCUAUCGUUUGCAAAUAAAUAGGAAGGAGUAAAAGGGUAAGAACCGCAGCGAACGCGCCUGUGCGUCAUUGGCGUUUGGCUUUGUCAAACACAACGAUCGGAUUUUAUUAGUUUUAUCAUACGCAACGGAAACCGGAAACAACUGUUUGGCGCGAAACAUAGGAAACAUCAUUACAUAGCGGCGGUGGAGUAGGUAAACCAAUGUCCGGGCAGAUAAUUUAGACACGAUGGGUAUGGGAUGCAUGUAGGGUUUUCUUCGCUAUGAUACGCGAUCGUUAGCAUCAUCGUCUCUGUUGGCCAACAAUUAAAAACAAGCACACCUUUGGCUUCGCCUGCCACGCUGAGAUUCGCGGCGACAUUGUGCAGUGGUUGGAGUAUAGCGC